AUGGAGAGCGCCUCUUUUGGCUUAGACCAAGAGGAAAUGUUGUACAUUGAUGUGUUUGAUUAUAUACCCCUUUUUCUAACCGUACGUGCGAACAGCCCUCGCUCCUGUUCGGAAGGCGCUGCCCGCGCCGCCCCCAGCUGCCCGGACCCCGGGCAGGGCCCCUGCGGCCGCUCCGCUCGGCGUGUCCCUCCGCGCCGGGCGCGGGGCUGCGGCGGGCGGAGGGAUCCCGCGGCGCGGGCGGGCGGCAUGGCGGCGGCGGCGGGCGGGCGGCCCGCGGGGGCGGCCGAGCUGUGGGGGCUGCCGCUGCCUCCGCCGGCAGCGCCGGGGGGCCCGGAGGGCGAGAGCGAGGAGGAGACCGAGGACGAGCCGGUCUUGGAGGAAGCUGCGCUCCUGGAGGCUCCCGGGCAGGAGCUGGCGGCCGCUCUGCCCCCGCGCCGAGCCGUCAUUAUACAAGAAGAGAACUCCAAAAAGCGGUAUGAAGUUGUUGGACGUUUUCCAUUGGUUGGCCCUUGGUGGAAGGUUAAUGUUAAAGCUAAAAGUGCAGGGACAAAGUACUUUGUGCAAGGAUAUCCGUCGUAUUUUCUGCGGACCGAUAUAGAAGAAAACAACCGACAAGUCUUUUCACUCUUUCUUAAGGAAUGUGGUGUUCCUGAGCAUUUUAAAGAAAAGUUUUUUACCUGGCUUCCUGCGGGGUUUAUGCUGAGUUUUAGAAAUCUUGAAGAAAAACUGAAAGAGUUUCAAGUUGCUCACUUAGAGACAGGGAAGAAGCCUGGAGACACCAAGGAUUAUGAUAUCUUCUACUAUAUUUUGAAAUCAUUUGCAGGGAAGGCGGUGUUGGUAGCUCUGAGUUUUCCGGUGAUACUGGAGUUCUUGCCGGUUCUUCUGCCGCGCCAUUUUUGCUGCCUGUUGCAAAGACAGACUGACAAGAGCCAUGGUAUGGAUGGUGAGGAAGUACCUUCCCAAGAUGACAUGCUAUCAAAAUUGGAUGAGAUAUUAAAGGAUGAGCCAUGGAAACUUGGAUUCAGCAGGAUUACCCAUAGGGAAUUGAACCUUUCUUACUGUGAGGCAACGUGGGCUGCCUUCUGUCAGUGUGAGCAUCUCCUCUGGAAGAUUCCUGACUUGCAGAAGAAUGCAUUAAUUCUGUAUGAUCAACUCAAGAGGCAAUGUAGAGAAAUGGGACACACUUAUGAAGAUCAAGAUGAAUUAGCUCGUUUUGUAUCUAAAGACAUGUCCAUUGAGCACGUUUGGCAGUCUCUUGAAUUUUUGAAAGAUGAGAACAUAGUGAUUAAGGAGAAAAAACUAGUGUUUCUGCCUCAUCUUUACAAAUCUGAAAAAGACAUUGCAAUGUAUAUAGGUGACCUUCUAUCAAACCACUCGUGGAAACUGGAUGCUGAUGUGAGAAAGAUAUUUAAUGUUUCUGAGACAUCAGGAGAAACGGUAGACAACAAAAUGAAUGUUACCCAGGCUCAUGAAACGGAACAUCAGAAUGAAAACAGUCUGGACCAUCAUAAUGGUGAAAAUCACUUUUCUGAAAAGGAAGUGGGGUCUACAUCUGGUACCCAAAGCAAAGCUGAGGUAGACUCAGAUCAGGUGAUUGCUAUGGAAAAGAUUUGUUCUAAUCCUGUCACAAUCAUAAGUGGAAAAGGAGGCUGUGGGAAGAGUACGGUAGUUAGCUGCCUUUUUCGACACUUAAAGCAGAUGGAAAAAGAAGUGGAAGCUGCUUCUAAAGACUUUGAAGAAGACCUGGAUGCAUCUGAAGAGUGGAAUACCUUUGAUCAUAAUUUGGAGUCAGAGAAUAUGUACACCAAAAAAUAUUUGAAUGUAUUAUUUACUGCACCUACAGGGAGGGCAGCAAGCCUUUUGAGUGAAAAAACUAAGCUCCCUGCGUAUACACUGCAUCAGAUCAUCUAUAGUUUUAAAACAUGGAGGCGGAGUGAACAAGUACAGCCAUGGAAGUUUUGUACUGUGACGAUUCUGGUUGUGGAUGAGGGAAGUUUGGUGUCUGUACACGUUCUUAGUUUAGUUUUAAAACUCUUGUGUGAGCAUGCCCAGCUUGCCAAACUUAUUAUUCUAGGUGAUACUAGGCAGCUGCCAAGCAUAGACCCAGGAAACAUGUUUGCUGAUAUCUUUGAGGGCCUAAAACCAAAAGGUUUUUCUAUGGAACUGCGAACUAAUCACAGAGCUGAAUCACAACUAAUUAUAGAUAAUGCAACAAGAAUCUCUCACCGGAGGUUUCCUGAAUUUGAUGAGGUGCUGGAAGUUUCUGAUUGGAAUGAGGAAAUGACAAUGCCAAGCCCGGAGAAGAAAUUCAUUCUUAUUGCUUUGCCUGUUGGUGCAGAUAGCAAGAAUCUGCAGACUGCCAUAAAGACUUUACUUGAAAGAGGACCAGGAUUGCAGGAUGCCAAACAGUCACAGUUCAUUGCUUUCAGAAGGCAAGACUGUGAUAUAAUAAAUGAACUUUGUUGCCGACACUAUUCAAACCAUCCAACCAGAGACCAUAAAAACCGACUUUUAUUCCAAAUUGAUGACAAGAUCUCCUGCACGCGGAAUACGUAUCUCAAGGAUCUCUUGCCAGACUCUAAUUUCAGAGGGGAUCCUAAUGUACAUGAAGGUGGAGAAACCCCCCUCACUGCACACCCUGCUGAAGAGGACAAGCGACUCUGCAAUGGAGACAUAUUUUUCAUUACAAAGGAUGUAGAAGUUGAUAAGCAGCGUUUACUGACCAUCAGUAGCACGUACGGCUCCACCUUCACUGUGAGGUAUAAGGCACUGAAGAAGCUAUGUCAUAUAAAACAUGCAUGGGCCAGAACUAUUCACACAUUUCAGGGGUCUGAGGAAAAAACUGUUGUCUACGUGGUUGGCAAUCCUGGCCGUCAGCACUGGCAGCACGUGUACACCGCCGUGACGAGGGGGCGCUCCCGAGUCUAUGUUGUAUCUGAAGAGCCGCACCUCAGGAGGGCAGUCACUAACAGAAACAUUCCCAGAAAAACUCGCUUGCGGAGAUUGUUGAGAGAGGCAAUCACAGAAACAAGCAGCUGUCCCAAACAAACUUCCUUUCCCCUGACAAAGCGCUGGCAAAAUCAAGAGCUUGAGACUCUGUCUGUUUCUGUAUCUCAAGGUGCUCCUGGCCCAUCUGAACCUCCAAGUGACUUGAUCGAAGAGAAAGGGUCUCUGGUUCUCAGUAAGGAAGGGCAGAUGGGCAUUUUGCAGCAAAGUCCAUGUAAAAGACAAAGUCUUGCACAGAGUUCAGCAGCAGAAGAUUCCCCUCUUGGGUCUUCCAGACUUAAGAAUCUAACUUUGGGACAACCAACUCCUAGGAAGCUUUUCAAAAGCUAACAAACAAGUAGCUGCCUAUGUGAGGAACUUUUCUUGGAUCUGUUUUAUUCAAGAUUUUUGGAAUGGGGCAGCUGGGUAUGUAGAUGAUUUUCAAAGGCUCUUCUGUAUUUGCAUGUUCUACAAAGAACAGCUUGUUUUACAGCGAGCCUUUUCAGUGAUCUGUUUUUAGUGGGAGAGUCCUUGGUGUCAGUCAUCAAAAGUCAUAGAAUUCUUUUGUUUUGGUGAAAAAUUAACUUAAGCGUCUUACAGGAUUCAGACAUUUCCUUAAAAAAAACCAAAACUGAUGUGCCCAAACUUCAGUUUGCUCCGGAAUGAAAAAAAAAAAAAAGUUUGCAAAGGGGACUUUACUUUUUUCUAAUGUGAUAGAUUUAUGGGCAUGAAGCUUUAAUGGAUUAUGGAUUUUAAUCUUGUUAUAAAUAGAGCAAGAAAUUUGCCCAUCAGUUACAUACAAAUUUUUUUCCGCUUUGGACUUGAAAGAGAUUUUAGAACUUGCUGCUUUAGCUCAUAGUUACAUGCUGAUAAUGCUUUUGGUAAGAAAAGCAAAAUUCCAAGUCAGAGAGUUCAAGUACCAGUCCAUUUUCAGGCUUCUUUGUGUACUGUGUGACUUGCUGGAUUGUAAUGUUUGAGGUUAGUAAGCUGAAUGUUUAAUCAACAUCAGACAAAUUGUAUUAAAAUUUGGACAACUUGCUUAA